CCAUGGCCACAUGACAGCGGAGCUCCGUGGAGGCGCUCGGUGCAUUGUGCUGGCGUCCUGCUUCGGGCCCCCAGAGCGCAUGCGUCAGGUCUGGGUUGAAGUGUCCAAUAUGUCGCUGGAAGAUCCGUUCUUCGUAGUCAAGGGGGAGGUCCAGAAGGCGUUGUCUCGUGCCAGGAGCCUUUACGAACGCUGGGAGGAGCUUCUGGAGGAGGGCACUCAGGUGAGCAAAGAUGAGCUGGACUGGAGCACCAAUGAACUGAGGAACUGUCUCAGAGCCAUAGAUUGGGACCUGGAGGACCUGAGUGAAACCAUCAGUAUCGUUGAGUCCAACCCGGGGAAGUUCCGUCUGGGGGAGAAUGAGCUGCAGGAGAGGAGAGACUUUGUGGAGCGAACACGGCAGGCCGUACAGGAGAUGAAGGAUCAACUCUCCAGUCCCUCUGUUGUGGCCCAGGCAGAGAAGAAGAACAGACAGGCUCUGAUGGGUGCGUCUGGGCAGGACAGGUCUGAUGGUCUGGAGUCUCACCUGGUGUCAACCAACUCCAGAUACAUCCAGGACCAACAGGAACAGCAGCAGUUGAUCAUGCAGGACCAGGAUGAGCAGUUGGAGCUGGUGACAGGAAGCAUCAGAGUACUGAAAGACAUGUCAGGACGCAUCGGAGAUGAACUAGACCAGCAGGCUGUUAUGUUAGGAGAGUUUGGAGAGGAGAUGGACCAGACAGGUUCUAGGAUGGACUCUGUCCUCAAGAAGAUGGAGAAAGUCUCCCACAUGACCAGCAGUAGGAGACAGUGGUGUGCCAUCGGAGUACUGGUGGUCAUCAUGGUAGUUGUUCUCAUCCUCUUCUUCACCCUCUGAGUAUGGACCUCUCUUCACUACACGACUCUACCGCACUCACCCACUCCUUCCUGGGGAUGAACCAUGAAAUGGAUGAAGGGAUGAAUGGAGGCAUCGCUAUAGGAAACAAGGAAUCCAAUCCAACCCUCGUCUUUCCUUUGUCAUAGAUUAUUCAGAGACUGAAUUCUAUCUUUCUAGUACUCAUCACUUUGUCUCUGUCUCUCUCUGGGUUUCUGUCUGUCCCCAUUUCCCUCCUAUUUCCCACCUCUCUCACCACCCAUAUCAGAGGAGAGCAGUGAGAUGACGGUUACAUUAUAUUAUAUAUUCAGGCAAAGCUAAGAUGUCUCGUGUGUGUGAAUGAUGGUACAGACUUGGGAGGAGGGAGGGAGAUAUCAAUGUUGCCUUAUCUAUUUUUAUACGUCUAUGAGAUGAUCUAUGGGCUUCAUCCCAAAUAGGACCCUAUUCCCUACAUAGUGCACUACUUAGGAUUGGUGAAAUCACCUAGAUCGUAGAUCUGUUGUUAGGUCAACUUCUACAUUUACAUUUACAUUUAAGUCAUUUAGCAGACGCUCUUAUCCAGAGCGACUUACAAAUUGACUACCUUGUUCCAAAUCAUCUGGCCCGUUGGAAUAGCUUUAUCAUAGGAGGUAGAAGUUACCCCUAGACAUGUUUUAUGUAGUUUCCCCUUCUGGAUAAAGGAUUUGAGGCUAGUGAUCUGAUCCCAGAUCUGUGGAGAUGGGAAAGUUCAAGCCUAUGGUGACUUUACCAUAGUAACAGUUGGAGUUCUGGGUUGCUGGGCAGGAAAUUAGCAGCACAAGUUCAUUUGAAGCUCUUUCGCCCCCUAGUGGACAUUUAUGGCCAUGUCCACAUGUCAUAAUGUGAGAUACCACUGACUGAUGUGAUGGCACGUUUUCAGAGUUGUGCUGAUAUAGGAUCAGUUUUGCCUCCUACUCUGAGAUGCUUGAUGACCCUGAGGUGCAUUUUAUACUAUUGUGUAAAUAAAUCUAAAUGUAAUGCUUGA